AUGGCAGACUCGGGCGACGAUGCUGCGGGCCCCGUGUCUGAGCCCCUCGAUCUAGUACGGCUUUCUCUGAACGAAGUAGUGUUCGUCAAACUUCGAGGCGACCGUGAAUUGAAGGGCCGCCUACACGCAUACGACAGCCACUGCAACUUGGUGCUUGGCGAGGUAGAGGAGACAAUUUACAUCAUCGACGACGAAGACGACAGCGAUGAUGCAAUCAAGACCCAGAAGAAGCAGUCAGACAUGCUCUUUGUGAGAGGUGACUCGGUAGUCCUCAUCUCACCCCAGCCAGCGUGA